GAGCCGGCUGCCUCGCUCUGCGUGACCGCGGCAGGUUGGUGCCGGAGCAGAUGAGCGCAGAAUAUUUAGGCAAACACGAGAGGCGGGGGGAGGGAGCGCGGGGCAGGCGGAGUACCUCGGCCAAGAAAAUUAUGCAUGCGUUAGGGAACCUCUGAGAGGAUGGCUGUGGAAGCUCUCCACUGUGGUUUGAAUCCACGGGGUAUUGAUCACCCUGCCCGAGCUGAAGGUAUUAAACUGCAAAUUGAAGGUGAAGGUGUAGAAUCUCAAUCCAUUAAAAACAAAAAUUUCCAGAAGGUGCCUGACCCUAAAGGAACCCCCAAGCGACUGCAGGCGGAGGCUGAGACGGCUAAGUCAGCUGUGGUGAAGCUGUCUAAACCAGUGGCUCUAUGGACCCAGCAGGAUGUCUGCAAGUGGUUGAAGAAACAUUGUCCAAAUCAGUAUCAGAUCUACAGCGAGUCCUUCAAGCAGCAUGACAUAACUGGGAGAGCCCUGCUGAGACUUACUGACAAAAAGCUUGAGCGAAUGGGGAUUGCCCAGGAGAACCUUCGGCAGCACAUCUUACAACAGGUGCUCCAGCUGAAGGUGCGAGAAGAAGUCAGAAAUCUACAGUUGCUCACACAAGAUCCAUACUCUCCUGGUAUUGAAUCCCAUCUCCACUCUUGACUACUACUACGUGGCCCUGGCCUCAGCCGAGGGUUCUCCAUAAACACGGUUAGCCUUCCAAGCUGUUGUCCUGCCAGUUGAUAUGAACAUGGCCCGUUCCUCACAGAAAGAGUAACUCAUGGCACUGCCAGAAGAUAUCCUUGGAGCAUUGACAGAUUAACCGGAUUAACUGAAAAAACACCCAUUCAGUCAAGAUUAUGGGCUUUGGACAAAAAUCUUAGUUUGCUGUGGAUUUUACAAUGAGGUGCAUAAUACACAGUGCCAACUUGUUCCAAGUGGUCAUUGGCAGACCAUUAGCUGGAAAAUUGCUUCCAGUUGUCAUCACUGUGCACAACACAAGCUCCCUUUGGGGGCCAGCCUGUGCCCUUCACUAGAAGUCCUGUUUCAGCAUGGCGACUACUGGAUUCUUUUAUUAUGUGUGCAGAUGGCAUGAUGUUUUAGAAAACAAUUACAGCAGUUCUGCAGUCUCAGUGGAAGUGUUCACAAUAUUAUGCCCUGGUAGGAAUGUAAUCACGUCUUGAUUAUGUUAGUGAUGAUGUUGAAAGGUAUUCUGUCCAACUCCUAAGCACUUUAUAUGAGAACACUAUGCCGGGAUGAAUUAGCACGUACAGCACGUGUGAGAAAACCAAGUAUUUUUCUUUUAUAUAUCUUGGGUUUUGGGGUUUUUUCUGGCUCAGACUGUCUAAGACAAACUUCACUACUAGCAUAUUCCUAGUUGUUUGUGGUAGGUUGAUGUAAAUAUGGCCACAAUACUGUUAGACUUCACCUUUUGACACUUUACUGAACAACCAGAGUAACUGCAACACCAAAGGAUGCCAAAGGCAGCCCGGUGAUUGUAAUAGCUGAGCUCUUGGCUCCUUGCGCCCAGGCACAAUUUAUCACAUGCACAUACAGAUACCCAAACUCCGGAGGCUUCUAUUUAGCUAAUGUACGUAGUCUCUCCUUUUGUAGAAGAGUUCUUCCAGACAGAAAAAGGAGGUGGCCUUCUUUUAAUCAAAGACCAUAGUGGGUAGACAGUAAGGGCAACGAAUGCAGUUUUCUUGUGUGGUCUGAUUUGAACUUGAACACUGGGAAAAACUUUCUGUCAAGUUUAAUUCACAGUUCUCUGAUGAAAGUAUUGAGUGACCCCACUGUGUACCUCAAGAAGGAAAAGUGUCAGGUCCCCUACGUGGCUCCUUCCUCAGUAUAGAGCCUCCCACUUUUAAUCCUUUCUGAGAUUAUACCCAUAAUGAAUUAUUUUUUUACUGGGUCUUACAACAAAGCACAGUGCUGGGAAACCUGUCAACUCAGUUAUUUAUUGCUUAUCUUCGACCAUCAUAGAAAUGUUCAUAUUGACUGACCCUACAUAAUGGUGUAGCAUUUUUUAUUUUUUAUUUCUGAAAAUAUACAGUUGGCUGAAUUGAAAACUCAGCCAAGUCCAUGCUGUGUGCCACUGUCCCAGCCUGGGACUAAAAGGCACCAGAGGCUUUUCUUUAAAAUGUAUGUAACAGCGUCUGGAACACUCCCGCCUAGGCCAACUCGACCUUCCAGGUGUCUCCAGAUACAAAUCAUUGUCUGUCUCCUCGGGGUCUCAGGAAAUGCACAGCCCAUCGGAAACUGCCUCUGCCUGAGAUGUGGAAACCUGACUGGGAAGGGGAUAGAGAUCCAAAUGCAAGUCGGGUGAGUCACCAGCAGGAUGACUCACCACAAGCCUGUCAGGCUGUAGAGCCAGGGAAGGAGACUUCCUGGGGAACUCAGAGGAGUUUUUCACUUACCACCAAGCUCUGACCUUUCAACAGGUUGAUAUCAAGACCGCCUAGGGCCCCAACAGACUGUAACGCUCUACAAAUCUAAAGUUAGAUGGCCAAAUCCUGGCUGCCAGCACCACCCCUGGACGUACCAUUCCAGUGUCCGCUGUCCAGCUCAUGAGGUCCUUCCAGGAGCCGGGCUUCCUCCUCUUCUCCUUCCUUUGUUCAGUAAACAUUUGUCAAGCACCUACUGGUAACAUGUGCAUCACUGUGCUGGGUGACAGCAGUAUAUGAGGCAGGCUGUCCCUGUCCUUGUGAAACUGUCUCCUCCUCCCAAUAUCACCACUAUCACCCCACCUUUUCCAUAAUGAAAACUUAAUUCAGACAGGCAUCCACCCUGUGCCAGAGUAACCCAGGAACACACAGCCACAAGCACAUCCUCAGGGAGUGGGCCACACACAGCAAGAGAGGUGUCAAGCCACAGAUUCGUACCGUUCAUGUACAGCCCAUCUUUCUAGGGCCCAGGCUGAGCUGGUUAGAGCUUCCUAAAGCAGCUUUCAAUUGCCUGCCUUGGUAUCUACCCCCACCCCUGGAUUCCCAUCCUUUAUACAGGCACAGCUAUUCAUCACUAUGCUGGGUUUCCUGAAGCUCUAAUGCUGUUACUAGUCCUAGACACAGAACUGAGCCUGAUGAAUCCUAAAGAACCACUGCCAGGUGCGGAGAGAUUGUAGCUGGGAAUGAAUUGGUUUAGCAGGGACAUCCUGAGGCUACUGCUGACUCCCUUGGGAAACUGGACAUUCACCAACUGGUGAUGGUUUAUUGGUACUUACUUUGGCCUUUGCAAAAUCUUCUGAAUAAUUAAAUAAGUAGAGUCUCCUGGGUUUUUUGGUUUGUUUGGUUUUUAGUCAAAGGAAUAUUGGAAAAUUAUUGAAAGAUGAUGGGUGAAGAGGGAGAUGGGAGAAAGCAAAAUAGCAAAAUUUGAAAAAUGCCUUAAUGCCUGGCACAUACCACAUAUUUGCAUAUGAGCUACUACUGUUUUCCAAACUGUCAACCUUUGUUUGAAAUCAUUUGGGGGGAUAGUUUUGGAAACAUGAUGGCAUACAACCUGAGCCAUUAGGAGCGAAACCAGCAAAAUAGAGAAAUGACUGUAUUCACAGCCUGGGCUUCUGUUGCACCGUGAUCCUCUGUGACUUCCAGGGUUACUUCUGGCUGAGCUAUCUACCUUCUUCCUAAGAUGUGUAUAUGAAAUUUUACCUCCCCAAAAUUCAGAAAUGGCUGUGGUGAGUUUUGCAUAGUAGGAAGCAAGAGAUGGGGAGAUGAAGGCGAGGGACUGGUUGAUGCUGAACUUUUCCUUUUAUUAAACUGUGCUACCUUUUAUUAAAAGGCCGACACCCACACUUGUGGGAAAAGCCCUCUUGGGAACGAACAGAAAUGAAUAAUUAUCAGACUCUCUAUGGUGCCAAAGGGAUUAGCUUGUUCCAGUUCCAGAACUGAAAAUGCAGAACAUGAGCAUUCUGCAAGCUUCUAAAGCAGAUCAGUUCAGACGUCUGAGACGUACCUAGGGGACAGAGAUCCUGUCCACUUUCUUUGUGGGUAAUGGUGCACCUUCAAAUCCCCACCCAGGCUCUGCGAGGUGUAUCUAUGCAAGUCUGACUUCGACCUCUAAUCCAGGCAAAAGUGUCAGAUUUCUCUCCAGGGUCACUUCUCAGUUGCUCAGUCAUUAGCUCGGAGGAAAUUCUACCACUUUUAAUAUUCCAGGGGAAAACGAAUGUCAACCGUAUGUUAGCAUAUAAACAAGGAUGAAAACUUCUAAUGGCUCCCCCGCCCCUUGUUACUCCCAAAUGUUUUCUUCGUCUGAAAAUGUCACAUAACUGAUUUUGGUAGGAACAGUACGUCUCAAGGAAGGAAAGUUUUCCAGACCCCCUUAGCACUUCAGUUUCACCAAAACCUCGUCUUCCCAAUGCAUUAGCUGCUCCAUUCUUUACAUUUUCCUGUACAUUCUUUAGAGUGGUAUUGUUACUUGACAACUAGACUUGCCAACUGCCAUCGACUCAUUUUUAAAAAUCUAAUCUUCAAAAAUGACAUAAAUUCCUUUAUUGCUCAAAAACUGUUUUUAUGCCGCUCUCCCACAGCCCCCUCCACUCCACCUUUUUGCUUUGUUUUGGGUAGGGCUUUUUCUCCCCCAUUUCUCUUUCUUGUAACAGGGCUGUGGGUAGCUUUCAAGCAUUCUAUAAAGAACUCAAACAGAAAAACAUAGACAUCACCUUUUCCCCCCGUCCUUCUUAAGCCUAAUAUCGGUGAAAGCUGAUUGCCCAAAAGCAGUUGGGCAUGGAUUUUCACCCCUGGAGAUGCCUGGGCAGUGCUGCUAGUCAGAAUGAGGCCUUCUGCUCUCCAGAAGGAGGGGCAGGCCAGGAGAUGUUUUUUUCUCAGGACACCCCUGGGGAUUCUAUUUCAAAGACAGGCAGGUUCUGUCCCUUAGUCUACUUAGAUAAGCAUCUAAUUCUAAAGCCAGAGAGUUAUCUCAUAGAUUCUUAGAUGAUCAGUGUUCAUAGUUCCUGGUACCACUGCAUAGCUUUAAGGAAAGAGAGGCUGUGUUUACCUCCUUUUGCUCUUUGGGGACAGGGAGCAUUCUUUCAAAAGUUGUGGGAUGCUGGAAGGAAAGCUAGCCACGUGUACAGAAAGGUUCCUCCGCACUUUCAUAAAAAGAACAAAAUAGAUGCUUCUCAUUUGGGAAGGUGGCUAAGGGGAUGAUGAUAUACUGGUGGCCCCUAGCCAUCACCUUGGCUCUGCAAGGGAAAUUCGUGGGGGAAGGGAGCAAGCCCUGUUUCUAAAAACUAAAACUUUUUAGAGUGAAAUUUACCAGUGACCAACAUGCAGGGGAAGUGCUGUCAGUCAUGGGGCCAGUUUUGGACCUCUUGCCCAGCAUCACAAAGAUAGAGAAAUGACAUCCAUGAAACAGCAGAAAAAGGAUAUAAAAAACUUUGUAAAACUAAAGUUUGAUUUGCUAUCUAAAACUAUUUAAAAACCCUAAAGCACCCCAGACAUUCUUACUUCACAGCCUUCCUCUGUCAAUUGUGUCAAGCCCAAGAAAGCACCAACAGCAUUCUCUUAAUAUUAUGUAAUAUGUAAAAAUAACCACAUGCCUUGUGUUGAACUGCUAUUGGCUAGCUGACACAGCAUUAUUAAGCAUUGUGGAUAUUUAGACAACAUUUCUGAUCAUACUUAAAAUUCUUUUCGUAUUUCAGAGCCAAUAGUUUGGAAGUUUUGUUUUGAUAGUGGUUUGUUUUGGUUGCUGUUAUUUUCAAAACCUCAGAUAUUUCUAGGAGCCUUGGAAAGGCUCUUAAAUCCAGGCCAUUCUGCCUCGUCAUCUGCACUAUUAGAAACAGCCCUACUGAUGAGAACCACAAGGAUGCUAUUAAAUUCACCCAAAGCUGGAGAUACUAAUACCUAAGACAAUUAAAACACUGAAGACUCUGCUGGUCGCCUUCCACAUUGUUUAUAGCCUUUUCAAAUUCAAUCAUUUGGAUCAAAGGAAACAAGCAGUUGUUUUCAUGUGGCUUUGCCGAAUUAGCACACACAGCUACCACGUGUGGGAUUCUAGCCCGGGUUUUGAAGAUAACCUUGAAGAAAACAUUGCUUGCCAGUAAAUGCUUCAAGUACCUGUCCCAUUCCACAAACUGAGGAUGGCUUCUGCCCUCUCUUCAGAGGUUAGCGUGGCCUCUAAGGUUGCACACACAUCAUGAAGACACUUUUUAAAAGCUCUGUAUAGAUUCCCCAUACAAGCAUAAUUCCAAAAAUACAAUUUGGAGUUUGACCACAGCUAUGGUCCUUGAUUCUAUGAUCCCUAAAUCAAUUCUAAUUCUUUAUAUGUAUUUCCAGUAUUUUUUUUUCCCACCACAGUUAAGUACAUUGAGUAUGAUAGCCUUGGCCGCUGCCUGCUGGCUCUGGGGCAGUUUGACAGUCCCUCUGGAUCCCACACACAGUAUUUGAGAGAAGAUCCAGGAUGUUUCCCCACAUACCUGCUGUGGAGGUUUUGAAGCACAUGGCCUAGUUCUUCUCAUCAGAAAGGCCUCUGGUUACAAGUGGAAAUCUUAAAGAGAAUGUGGGAUGAGGGAGGAUAUGUGUUCGAACACUGGAACCUUUGUCUUUUUCAUUCGUAUUCAACUCACACCUCAGGUCAUCAGGAGGGAAAGCCUGUUCCUGGGGCGUUGGUCCCCACUUAGAGGCAGAGGGGUACCAUUUGCUUUAACUCACACAUAAGCCAUUCUAAGACUCUCUGGGGACUCUGAAUGGUUUCCCCAUCAGUACCUUCCUUCCACCAAUAGAAAAAUGCUAUCUCUACCAGGCCACGCUUGAGAAGACCCAAGCUCUGGCUGGUGAGAAGCUCCAGGAGCUGCAUCACACCAGGCUCCUGGCGUUGUGCUGUCUCAAUCCUGACUGGCAAGAAGUAACCGGUGUGCUGAAAAGCCAAGCCAGCACCAACGUUUUGAAACCAAUUUCACUAAAACUCUUACGUCCUGAAGUCAUACUACUGUAGUUUGAGUAAAUCUAAUUAUUUAAUAUUACUAAGCACUAAAUUAAAUUGCUUUGCACGAAAUUUUAGAAACGAUCGAUACUGUAACAGAAUUCCAUAUUAGCAGUAAAAAGCACCUGAGAAGAGAAAAUAUUGAUCUGUUGUGGUUUUUAUACUUGAGUUAUUCUUAGGACAUUCUAGAGACUGGUACUGUUCUGAUAAAAAGGAAGAAAAUGUUUUGAAUUCAAGAAUGCCGGAAGAGAAAUUGCCUGAUCUCUCUGGGCUACUACUUGUCUGGUUAGGACGCUGUCUGCCUCUCCUUAGCAGACAGGGUUUUGGGGGGGAGGCUAAAAUGAGCUAAUGGAAGAAGGUUUCCAGGGCCACCAAUGGGGAGCUGGGUUAUGGGCUUUAUUAAAUGAUCCUUUCCCUUACUUGAGGUUGUCUUCUCAAAGCUAUUAUUACUGAGUGUCCAUUCUGGGAUUUAGAAAGAGAAAGAAUGAACCAGGAGGAAGUAACUGUCGGUGUUUGACACACACAAGCACUUGCCCAACAGAUGAGGGCCGGUUUGCAGAGUCCAAGGCCAAGUGUCCAUUUAUCUCCAUUUCUCCACCUCCCAAAGGCACAGAGCACCAUGACCUACCAAGGGAGAGAAACUCAGACUUGUCAUCAUGCAGGUAAAGCCUGCCAAUCCCAGCUUGGAGAAGACCAACAAAAGGAUGAAGUUGACAAAUUGAGGGUCACGGGAAGCAGAGAGUCACAGUGAACUUCCUUGAUUAACUACUGAAUAUUAAUGUUGGAUCUAGGAAAGAAAGAAGGAGAAAAAUCACAAUGCAAAUUGAAUCCAAGACCAACAUCCUCUAAGGUGUGAGGGAGAAAAUCUGAUGGGGAAAAAAAACUCGCUCUUUCACAAACACUGACAAACAUGGCCAAAAAGCACACUUCAGAACAGAAGCCUCCAUAGACGGUAGACAUUUUUAUAGCUUCCUUAAAUAAGUAGUGAAACCAGCAGACUGAAUGCUGUUAGUCUUCCAAGAGUGGUAAAUUAAGAAUUUCCCUUAUUCAUCUCCCACAAUGUCAGUUCUCUCUCUUCACUCCAGAAAAUCUCCUAGCACGAGACUUAGGACACGAUCGAGUUAUGUGGUAAAACAAGAGUGCCUUUUCUGUUGGUUGUUCACUUUAGUUUCCUGGGUUCCCAGGGCAUAAGAUGUUUAGAAACUUUUUUCUCUAAACAUAAGAAUUAUUGUGCACCACAAUUUUGAACCACUGAUUUCCAUUUCUUAAGCAGCUAUCAACUUGCCGGUUCUCUUUGGGUCUCCUUUCUGUUUUCUUAUGUCUCCUUCUGUUUGGGGGGUGUCCUCAAAAAGCGUUGAGGGGGGCAUGACUCUUUCAAAAUUGAUGAAAAUGAAACUGUACAGAUUUUUGCCCCCUCGUGACUGUGAGCAUGAUCUCUAUCGGGCUUGAAAAAUCGGCUUCAUCAUUUUGUAUAUUUGACGAUUUUGUAUCCAGCAUUACUUGACUCCUUCUGUGCAUGGCAAUGUAUUAAAAUGUGGGAUUUCUA